AUGCACUCUGGCGCGCCCCACAGUGAUUGCCACGAAUGCAGCGAAGGGCGGGAGAUUCACUGUCCCCUGAGGGCAGCUUUGUGCACUGCUGCCAGGUCGAAAAGUGGCACAGACGGUAAGUUUGCCACACUAAAUUCUCACACUGUCUCUCAUCCUCUGCCUCUGAUCCUCCCCCAAAAGGAGGAGAGACGAGCCUCCAGCGAGCGGCGCCGGAAUCUUCUGCAUCUCAUUGUGCAGUUCCUUGACGAUCUGCAUCUGUGCGACUCGCGCGACAGUCUCGUGACGGAGGCCAAAAUCCCCGCGGACGUGCAAGUGUGCGACAAUGUGGACCUGGAGACGAUGUAUCUGGAGUUCCUCAGCUACUACCAGGUGAAAUUUGGACGCGCCCCAAAAAUCGUGAAGCGAGUCACGCGACAAGAGACGCGAAAAUCCGCUCGCGCCUCGCGAAACAACGCACCCAAAAGCGCCGCGAAGGCAGGAAAUCAGGCCAGUGACACGUGGAAUAGCCUGUCAGUUGUGCAGAUAUGUGCAAACUCAUGCACUCCACAUGUGGACGAGACUGUUAGACUCGGGCGUCCGCCACUCUCAUCUUUCGAGCACUUUUCGCCCGAAUGGCGGGAAAUCGCUCAACUCGUUUGCAGAGAUCUCAUCGUGGAUAGCGUCAAUGUGUCCUGGAGUGACGUCUUCGGCGCCAGAGAUGCCAAAGAAGUCCUCAGGGAGAGUGUAAUCCUGCCUCUUGAGUAUCCUGAGCUCUUUCGCAGCGGCAAAACUGAGCCCUGGAAGUGUGUUCUGCUCCACGGACCACCAGGCACUGGGAAAACCCUCCUGGCCAGAGCUCUCUGCGCGGAGACGCACGGGAAAGUGUCCUUCUUCAACAUCUCCUCCAGUACAAUUGUCUCCAAGUGGCGCGGAGACUCAGAAAAGUACCUGCGCGUGCUCUUCGACGUGGCCAGACUCUAUUCCCCGUCCGUGAUCUUCUUCGACGAGAUUGAAGGCCUGACAUCGCGCAGGGAUUCUCCGACUGAACACGAGGCAUCGCGGAGACUCAAGAGCGAGUUCCUCACUCUCCUGGACGGCUUCACACCAUCGAGCGGAGUGUUUGUCCUCUGCAACACCAAUCUGCCCUGGGAAAUCGAUCCCGCCUUCCUGAGGCGCUUCGAGCAGAAGAUUCUCGUCGAUCUGCCGAGCGCUGAAGAUAGAGCGGAGAUCGUCAAGAGUCUCUUGCCAGGCUGUGCAAAGUGGGCGAUUGGAGCCCUCACGGAGGUAUCUAAGAUGACUGAGGGCUUCACUGGAGACGAUCUGAGGAUUGCCUGUAAGGAUUCGCUGAUGGGACAAGUGAGGAAGUUCAUUGGGAUGCAGAAAGACGCCUCGAAGACUUCCAAUCAACCCUCAAAUGUGUCUCUGGCGGACUUCGAAGCCUCCCUUGGCAGAAUAACACCCACGCCGACCAGUGUCGUGGAGAGACAUCGCCAGUGGCAUGAAAAGCACUCGAAUUCUCUUUGAAUGGUAAACUUUUAUCAUGGAAAAGAAUAGAAAAUUUUAAG